AUGUUAACCAGGCAGAGGACACAAGUGGUGGAAGAGGCAGAAAAGCUGUUGUUAGUGUGGCUGAAUGAGAAACAGCUGGCAGGUGAUAGCGUUAGUGAGGCUAUGAUCUUUGACAAAGCCAGGAAACUGCACAGUGAUUUACUGCGGAAAAACCCCUCUACCAGCACAAUUACUUUAGCAGCCUCAGGAAUCUCUUAUCCUUGCCACCGACUUACAGUUGGAAGAAGGUCUUCACCAGCACAAACUAGAGAACAAUCAGAAGAGCAAUGCACAGAUGUACAUAUGGUUAGUGACAGUGAUGGAGAUGACUUUGAGGAUGCUACAGAAUUUGGAGUGGAUGAUGGAGAGAUGUUUGGUAUGGCAGCAUCUGCAUUGAGAAAAUCUCCAAUGAUGCCGGAAAAUGCUGAAAAUGAAGGAGAUGCUUUAUUACAAUUCACAGCAGAAUUUUCUUCAAGAUAUGGUGACUGCCAUCCGGUAUUUUUUAUUGGAUCUUUAGAGGCUGCCUUUCAAGAGGCCUUCUAUGGGAAAGCUAGAGAUAGGAAGCUUCUUGCUGUCUACCUCCACCAGGAUGAAAGUGUGCUGACUAAUGUAUUUUGCUCUCAAAUGCUUUGUGCUGAAUCUAUUGUUUCCUAUCUUAGUCAGAACUUUAUAACGUGGGCAUGGGAUAUGACAAAAGAAGCAAAUCGAGCAAG